GCAGCGGCCGCCGGGGCUGGGGCCGGCGGGAGUCCGCGGGAUCCUCCAGAAGAGCGGCCGGCGCCGUGACUCAGCACUGGGGCGGAGCGGGGCGGGACCACCCUUAUAAGGCUCGGAGGCCGCGAGGCCUUCGCUGGAGUUUCACCGCCGCAGUCUUCGCCAUCAUGCCGCCCUACACCGUGGUCUAUUUCCCAGUUCGAGGCCGCUGCGCGGCCCUGCGCAUGCUGCUGGCAGAUCAGGGCCAGAGCUGGAAGGAGGAGGUGGUGACCGUGGAGACGUGGCAGGAGGGCUCACUCAAAGCCUCCUGCCUAUACGGGCAGCUCCCCAAGUUCCAGGACGGAGACCUCACCCUGUACCAGUCCAAUACCAUCCUGCGUCACCUGGGCCGCACCCUUGGGCUCUAUGGGAAGGACCAGCGGGAGGCAGCCCUGGUGGACAUGGUGAAUGACGGCGUGGAGGACCUCCGCUGCAAAUACGUCUCCCUCAUCUACACCAACUAUGAGGCGGGCAAGGAUGACUAUGUGAAGGCACUGCCCGGGCAACUGAAGCCUUUUGAGACCCUGCUGUCCCAGAACCAGGGAGGCAAGACCUUCAUUGUGGGAGACCAGAUCUCCUUCGCUGACUACAACCUGCUGGACUUACUGCUGAUCCAUGAGGUCCUAGCCCCUGGCUGCCUGGAUGCGUUCCCCCUGCUCUCAGCAUAUGUGGGGCGCCUCAGCGCCCGGCCCAAGCUCAAGGCCUUCCUGGCCUCCCCUGAGUACGUGAACCUCCCCAUCAAUGGCAACGGGAAACAGUGAGGGUUGGGGGGACUCUGAGCGGGAGGCAGAGUUUGCCUUCCUUUCUCCAGGACCAAUAAAAUUUCUAAGAGAGCUA